UCCGUUUGUUUCAUGGUACCUGAACGCACCAGUCGUUAAAGCUAGCGUUAGCUCUUCCUGCUGUGCUAUGAGUUGAGGAAGACUGAAGAGCUGGGAAUGCAGCCACCGCUCCCACCUGAGGCGGUCAGAGAGCUGGUGUGCUCCUGCCUGCACAGAGACCCAGUAGCAGCAGACCUCCGCUGCAGCCUGUUUGUUGCUGCCGCACAGAGCUACAAGAGAGACUCUUUGCUCAGACCUUUUCCUCCUCGAUAUAUAAGUGAUGACAACAAGGACUUUGAUGAGCUGUUGGCAGAUGUGAAGUCGCUGCCUAGCGUGAGAGAGUUGGUGAGACUACGACCCAGAGAAGGAGAUCAUCACCUGGCUCUCACACACUGGAUUCUCUCUUCAAAGAGCUUUGCUGUGAAGACACUACAGAAAGAAGAGUAUGCCAAACUUUGUAACCUGACGGAGAAUGAAGGGAUUUCUACGCCCGUGCCAGACUUCCUGUUUGAGCUGGAAUAUUGUGAUCAGUUGAACGCCAGAUUUGAGAAGACGAGGGCAGACAGAGACGUCUUCUAUGCAUUCCACGGGAGCCGCCUGGAGAACUUUCACUCUAUCAUUCACAAUGGCCUGCACUGUCACCUCAACAAGAACUCAGUGUUUGGAGAGGGGACCUACCUCACCAGUGACCUCAGCAUGGCUGUCCUCUACAGUCCGCACAGCAGCGGCUGGCGAGAAAGCCUCCUGGGUCCACUGCUCAGCUGUGUUGCCUUGUGCGAAGUCAUCGAUCACCCAGAUGUUAAGUGCCAGGUGAAAAAAAAAGAUUCUGAAAUCAUUGACCAACAGCGCUCAAGAGCAAAGAACAGUGAAGGAGGGGAUGUACCGCAGAAGUACUUUGUAGUUACCAACAAUCAGCUUUUGCGCGUCAAGUACCUGCUUGUUUACUCUCAGAGGAGGCACCUGUCCAGACAUUCCCGCAGCACCUCGUGGCUCCUCAGACACCAUUUUGCCAUCAUGAUGAGUCUCUACCUUCUGCUGCUCAUAUUUAUCGGUGCCUUUAACUCCACCGCCUUCGUAUCCUUUUGGAAUCGACUGUUCAGGUGACAAGACAGCAGGACAGACGGCCUGGAUGUUUAUUAUCACAGUGCCUUCCUGAUCAGAGACUGACUGGAGGCCACUUUUAUGCACCUUUAAAUACUGUUUUCUCUCUACAAUCAUUCUGUUCUUUAUCUGUACCAGUAACUAUAACUACUGUUAUCACAAGAUAAUAUCUUCUCAAAUGCAGCUUUUGGGAUCUUGUUAUGUACUGGUUUUGUUUAAAUGAGUGCUAAGACCAUUCUGCAUUUAAAAAAUGUUAUGCAAUGUUUCAUCUAUAAUUUGUAUGUUAUAUUAAACAUUGUUUUGUAGAUCAGUGUUGAGAUGCAGUUUUUGGUUAUGUCGAGGUUAGGGUUGCAACAGUAUGAAAUUUUAAUUUUAUGAUAAUCAUCUCAGAAAAUAUUUCAGUAAUACACUAUUAUUAUUUAUCACUUGUCCCCUACAAGAAUGAAAACAAAAGUUAUGUUUGGUAUUUUGGAUGAAGAAAAUGCUUACUUGAAUUUCACACAAUAUUAUGUUUGAUUAUCUAUAUUACAAAAUAUAAUGUAAUGCAGAUAACCAAAUGUACAUGUUAUGUUAACCAAUCAAUUUUCAUACCACACUAUACUGUUGCAACCCUUGUCUAGGUACUGAGGACUUUCUUGCACAUUUAACUCAUCAUAUUCACUGAUGACAAUGUUCUAAUUGAAACGCUUACGCUUUAAUGUAUGACUAUCACUCAGUUUUUAGAAAAUAAAUGGGAGGGGGCUUUCUAUAACACAUGCUUUUCUGUCAGCUAACUUUAACAUAUUGACUGUAACAAUUAUAUUCAUGAGGGAAAAAUAUGUGGGGUGGCCAUAUUUGUUUUGCUGAGAUAUUGUAAUUAUUCAUGAUGAUUAUAUAAUGGUUUAUAGAGAUUGACAACCUUGUUCAUAAUAAUUUUGGAUAUAUUUUUCUAUGAAGUCACAUGUGAAAUUUGUGAAUGUAAUGUUUUCACAUGUGGAAACAUGAAAUAACAUUUGCUUCAGUUCUCCAUUUUCACAUGUGAACUAAAAUUUUAACAUGUGAAAAGAAACUAAUGUCAAGUGAACAGGACAUUUUCACAAAUUUCACAGAUUGACUUUAUUCACACAUGAAUGACUUUUUAUUUUUAAUAUGUGAAUACAUUUAUUCCUGUGUGGUUGACAUUUACACAUGUGGAUCAGAAUUUUUCUAAAUGUGGAAACAAAACACAUAAUGACACGUAAUUUUUCUUCUCCUCAUGUGAAUUCCACAUUUGAACAAGAGAUCACAUGUGAACUAAAAUCUUACCAUGUGAAAAUGUAAUAACGUCAUGUGUUAACUGGACAUUUUCACAAGUGAUUGACUUUUUUGAGAAUGGAACGAAUGAUUUGCAGACAUUCAUAUAUAGCUUUUUCACAUUUGGACUAAAAUGUGGAAACAAGACAUGGCACAUAAAAUGUGGUCAUUUAAUUUGCCUCUUAACAUUUGAAUUCUUCAUUUUCACUUGAUCUGCUAUUUCCACUUGUGAAAGGAAACUUGACAUGUGAACUAUUAUUAUACAUGUCUUUUUCACAUGAAAUUAAGUGUAAUUUGCUUCUUUUCAUGUGACUUCCACGUUUUAACAUAUGGUUUGCAGUUUUCACCUGUGAAUUUAAACAUGAAAAUAAUGUCACAUGUGAUCUGCUGUUUUCACAUGUGAAAUGAAAAUGUUGUAUGUGAACUGGACAUUUUCACAAGUAAUUGGCUAUUUCCACCUAAGAAAUUUACAUUUCACACGUGACGUAUAAAUGUUCAUUCACGAUUGUUUUGUUUUUUUCACAUGUGGAUUAGAUUAUUUCCAGGUGUGGAACCAAAACAUGGAACAUUAAAUCAAGUAAUUUGCUUUGUCACAUGGAAAUUCCACAUUUUCACAAGCGGUCUGCUAUUUUCACUUAAACACAUGACAGGUAAAUAAUGGACCACAACUGGACAAGUUCACAUGACAUCAGCUUUUUUCAGACUACAUGACGUUUUUGUAACAUGUGAUUGAAUACAUUAGUACACGUUUGUAUUUUACACAUGUGGAUUAGAAUUUCGAUGUGAAAUGACACAUAAUAUGCUUUUUUUUCCACAUGUGAAAAAUAAAUAAGACAACAUUUCAAUAUGUAAGUAACAUACAUUCAUUUAUUUGUGAUUGGCUUUUUUUUCACAUGUGGAUCAGAGCUUCCACAUGUUGAAAUAAAGGACGUCAGCUGUUUUAUCCUCUUAAAGACAACAGGUUUAUAACAUUUGUUACAAUUUUUGACAAAUAAAGAUAUACCUUUGAUUUAAA